UAGAAUCAUUUUCGCCAUUUGUAGUCGGCAGUACUUGAAGAAAGUGUUUUAACUCUGUGAUACAUAACAAGUUCCAAGGAAAAGGAAGCUCAUGGCAGCCAAGUUUCAUUUUUCUCUGUUACUGAUUAUUUUGGGGACCAUUAUCGUGCAGGGUGCACGCCCGGGGAAGCUAAACAAGAACUCCGUGCGCGUGCGGGCUUAUUUCUUGCGUCAGAAACCGCCACCCGGAUACUAUUGUUCUUCUAUCGGUGGCACAUGUGUGCCAGAUUCUGGCUCUUGCCCUUACGAUGAGUGUGCGAAGCUCUGUCAAGACUCCACUAUGAAGUGCUGCUGUCCGAACAGGGAGGAAGACUGAUGGCAAUGAUGUCUAUCUCCAUGAAUGAAAUGACGGUCAACUUAGGAACAAUGAAAUGGUUAGCCGACAAAAUAUGCGCGGAAGUAAUUGGGUAAAUUUGGUGACUCUUUAGGCAGGAAUUUCUUGCAAGCACCUGUUAGAAAGAAAUUGUAAGAAGUGGAUAAAUAAAGGCUGGAGUACUUAAAAAUGUUUGUUU